UUAAUCAGACUGAGCCUCCUCCAGUGAGCGGAGGAGGAGGGCGCCCAGGAUCGGCCUGAGCGGCUUGCUUGAGCUCUUAACCACUAAGGACUCUGUCUAGAGAAUGAGCCUGAAGUCCCCUUCUGAGUGUCCUCCGCCCUCUACCGCCUCCCUGCUCAGUGUCGCCCCGGUUCCCCGCAUCUCUCUGAGAAGGGACUGUUAGGUGUCUGUGCCCUCUGCGCUAGGAUCUAUUUGUUGGGUCCACAGGGAUCCUAGGCUGCCUGAGCUGGGCUGUUCACACAGACCCCAAGAGUUCCAAGCCACGCCCACUCGCUCAGGCGCCCCCCCCCCCGCCAGUCACGUGCACUCUGCCGUUGCUCGGCCUCAGCUCCACCCAGCCGGGCUCGGUUGUCCUGGAGAGGGAGUUGCAGAUCCUGCAGUUGUACAGUUGCUGGCCAGUUGGAUCUGGUGAGUGGAGAUCCUCAGGGUGAGGCCCACAGAGCCCUGUCUCAUCUCGUCUGUCACUUGAGGGACCCAGAACCACCAGUAUGUCCAGUGAGCCGAGCAGUGCUUCAGGGACCUCACCUAGGACACCACGUCCUGGGGCCCAGAAGUCAUCGGGUACAGUAACCAAGAAGGGAGACCGGGCUGCUAAGGAGAAGCCAGCAACUGCCCUGCCUCCAGUUGGUGAGGAGGAGCCAAAAAAAUCCCGGUACGCUGAGUACCAGUGCUCCGGGGUCCUGGAGACAGACUUUGCCGAGCUAUGCACACGGUCAGGCUACACGGACUUUCCCAAAGUUGUCACCCGGCCACGGCCCCAGCAAAACUUUGUCCCGUCUGCCUCCACGUCAGAAAAAGCCACCCAAGACGACCAGCGGCUGUCAGCGUCCUGCAGCCAGAACAGCCUGGAGAGCAAAUACAUGUUCUUCCGGCCUACCAUUCAGGUGGAGCUGGAGCAGGAGGACAGCAAGACAGUUAAAGAGAUCUACAUCCGGGGCUGGAAAGUUGAGGAUCGGAUCCUGGGUAUCUUCUCCAAAUGUCUGCCGGCCCUCAGCCAGCUGCAAGCCAUCAACCUGUGGAAGGUGGGGCUGACGGAUAAGACCCUGACCACUUUCAUCGCCCUUCUGCCUCUCUGUUCCUCCACACUCAGGAAGGUGUCCCUGGAGGGAAACCCACUACCGGAGCAGUCCUAUUACAAGCUCAUGGGACUGGACAGCACGAUUGCUCACUUGUCUCUGAGGAACAACAACAUCAAUGACUACGGAGCGCAGCUCCUAGGCCAGGCACUGUCCACACUGCAAAACAGCAACCGGACCCUUGUUUCACUGAACCUGGGAUUCAACCACAUCGGGGAUGAGGGCGCCGGCUACAUUGCGGAUGGGCUGAGGCUGAACCGCUCUCUCCUCUGGUUGUCGCUGGCGCACAACCGUAUUCAAGACAAGGGAGCACUGAAGCUGGCUGAGGUCCUGCGCCCCUUUGAGCUGACCCACAAGGAGGUGGUGGAGCGGAGGCGCCUGCUGCUGGAGAAAGGAUCGCAGGAGCGGUCGCGAUCGCCUUCCUCCUCCCGGCACGGGGACUCCAAAACGGACCGUGAGAAGUCGCAGAUGAUGGGGGUCAGCACUGUUGCCUUGGUGGACAAGCCAGAAAAGAUGCAGGCAAUGAAGACACCUAAGGGCCUGGGCAAGAAAAAGGAGAAAUCAGGGGAAGUUGCAAAGAAGGAAGAGAAGUCAGGCCCGGGGCAGUCACCUACACCAGGAGCCCCUAAGAAAGAGGACGCCUCAAAGGCAGCCAAGGGGAAGGUGACCAUCCCCGAGCAGAAGAUGAGCAAGGGAAAAGGGACGAAGAUGGGGAACAAGGAGAAGCGCAGCAUCCUCCUGGAGUCAGAGCUGCUCGUUGAAGCUACAGAGAUGGUUAACCCUCUCCUGGAACCCGUGGAGCACCGAGAUGGGAAGGUUUUCAUGCCUGGGAACAAGGUCCUUUUGCACCUCAACCUGCUCCGAAACCAGAUCACAGAGGUAGGACUGGAAGGCUUCCUCACUGCCGUGCAAUACCAGGUUCAGGCCUCCAAGCCCAGGACUUCAUCCAAGGGCCCCUUGGGGCUGCUGUGGCUGUCCCUUGCGAAAAACUGCUUUGACCCUCAGUGUCCAACAUACACCAUGAUUCAGGAACUGAUGCUGCCAAGGGACCCUGUGAAGGCCAAGACCAGGGAGGAGGAUGCCACAGCGACCUAGGCCUCCAACGGGCAGCCCUAUCUCCUUGGGAGAUCUCUUGGACCAGUAGACCAGUAACACAGUCUAUUGCUGUGUUACUCUUUGAAAAUGACUCCAGAACUGUUUGGAAGAUUUGGGCUCUUGAGUCUCUUCAUAUUGCCUGGCUAGACAUGGCAGAGUGGUGACCUAAAUCACACCAUGGCUCUGUUGGGGGGAUGAACUACAACCAUCUCUGCCAGCAUGCACACAGCAUUAGGAUGAUGGGGUCAUAAGCACAACUCUGAUGGAGGGAGAAGGCUUGGAACUAGGACCCAUCCACCAGCAUCCUCUGCUGCUUAUCUCCAACCCUGUGUUUGCCUGACUUGAGAGGCCAGCUUUUAAAGAUGAAGGCACUCUGGAGAGGGUAUUGUAUCCAUAUUUGCAUAGCAAAGGUCAAACAUUAGACAUGCAGGUCAGCAACUUGAAAUCAUGGACAUCCAGAGUCAGGGCUGCCAGGCUGCCUCCGCUUAAGUGGGCCCAUGACUACCUAUAGGGAAUCUCCAACCACGGUAAGAGGACAACACCCUCAUUUCUAGCCCCUCUGCCUACCAGAGCUCCGUCUUCUGCACUUGCUGCCUCAGCACUGGGGGCUGUAUGGCUCCAGGGGCAUCUCCCAUUGCUCUGAGUCCCAACACCAUCAAGGUGCACCAUGAUCAUCCAUUAUGGCCUCUCCAGUCUGCCAGGUCCUCUAAAGCUGUCUUCAGCCCUACACUUGACCUAUGGGAAGGAGACGGAUGAGGGCAGUGAGGUGCAGCUGAGGGUAGGUCAUGACAUCCCUGCUUCUAUGUGUGAAGUAACCACAAAGUCUUUCUUGACCAGGGCCACUUGCCCACCCUCUUCUGAGAAGGUACACACCUGAAACUUUAGGAGAGGUGGCAAGACCUGGUGUGGGGUGGGGUGGCAGGGGCUCUCCUGGCUCCCUCUACCCAUUCUUGACCAGUACAACUAAGAAUUAUACAACCACAAAGGAAGAAUAUUUAACUUUUCUUUAAAAAAAUCUUAACCAUGAAAGGAAGAAAAUAAGAGUAUACAUUAUUUUAACAGCAAAA